CACUUGUGGUUUCAUUUAGAAAAUUAAUGUGUCCCUUUUAAUGAAAUGUAUUCCAUGCAUCACUUCUUCCAACACAACUGCAGAAGAGCCAUAAAGCACUGCGACAUUCUGUGGCCUUCAAUUUAAGAUACUGAGCAGAAUCAAGUCUUUGAAAGCAAUGGGCCACCUUUGCUCGCUCGUGGUUCCUGAUCGACGCCAGAUUGCAGCCUCCUGGGAAAAUAGCCACCAUGUGCGCUGUCAGGCUCCAAGGGAAGCACAAACCUAUUUACCAUGCACUCAGCGACUGCGGUGAUCAUGUCGUGGUAAUAAACAGCAAACACAUCGCCUUCUCUGGAAACAAAUGGGAGCAGAAAGUCUACUCGUCGCACACAGGCUAUCCUGGGGGCUUCACACAAGUCACUGCUGCACAGCUCCAUCAGAAAGACCCCAAAGCUAUCGUGAAGUUAGCGGUGUACGGCAUGCUGCCUAAGAACCUGCACAGGCGUACCAUGAUGCAGCGCUUGCACCUCUUUCCCGAAGACGAACUGCCCGAAGACAUCCGAGCCAACCUGACGGAGGAGCUGCCUCAGCCCAGGGAAAUUCCCAGGAAGCUCAGCGAGUACACGCAGGAGGAGAUCGACGCCUUCCCCAGGCUCUGGACGCCAUCUCAAGACUUCAAGGUGGAGUGAAACGACAAAGGAGGUUGCCAUGUAUUUUCACAUAAACACCACAGCGACGUGCCGUGUUUGCAGCUUUGCGUCUGAUUCUCCUCCUGUGUUUAACAGCUGCGUUUCUCAUUGACAUUUGUUGACUAGGUUGCAGACAUUCUUGAUCUCACAAAAAAAAAAAAAAGAUAACUCGAGAUGAGUAAAAACUACUAAUGUGGUAACUAUUUUUAAUUUUCUUCUGUCAAUUUCAGUUAUUUUAAAAUAGGCUAAUAAAAAAAAUGACUUCC